CGCGCCCGCUCUCACCGCAGCUCCGCGCGGGGCGGCCACCGCGGGCCUUGCAGAAAGGUCCCCUCCUGAUUACGCUGGGGACUGUUUGGCUUGUAGACCUGUCCGGAUGGAAGGGCAUACUGAAAUGGAGGUGCUGAGGACACUGAAAGGGCCUUCCACAGGGGAGGUCAGCGUGCAUCUGGUGGCCAGAGAGAGCUCAGGUUCCGGUCCUCACCUGCCCGCAACUGCCUUCAUCAUUCCAGCCAGCUCCGCCACCCUUGGCCUGCCCAGCAGUGCCUUGGAUGUGUCCUGCUUCCCCCGGGAGUCCAUCCAUGUAGGCGCCCUGGAGCGGGUGGUCGGCAGUGAACCAAUCACAGCCACUGUUCUGCCACAGCUAAGCGCCGGGGCAGCAGCGAAUUCUAGUACCAGCACCGUGCAGCUGCUGGAGUGGACAGAAGCGGUGGCUUCGCCCCCUGGGAGUGGCCUGCGGUUUCGGAUAAGCGAGUAUGCGCCGCUAAACAUGGUGGGAGUGGAGCAACCACGGAGUCCAGAGCUGCGGCAGGAAGACGUGGCUGAACAGGAGGACAGCGGGGCCCCGGAGGGAGGUGGCGAUGCGGGCACCCAACAGCCCGGGGACCUCCCCGAGGACUCUCCAGAAGAGCUCUCUCAGGAUCCCCCAGAGGAGGAUAGCGCCUGUCGGUGCCAGGCCUGUGGGCCUUCUCAAGGCACCGGUCCAGAUUUUCUUUGCUCGAAUGCCGGCCCCUCUCAGCUGUUCCAGGAGCGGUCUGUCAUCGUGGAGAAUUCCUCAAGCUCUGCCAGUGCUUCAGAGCUCCUCAAACCCGUGAAGAAACGAAAGCGCAGGGAAUAUCAGAGCCUAUCAGAGGAGUCUGAGCCAGAGGCCAUGGAGAAGCAAGAAAGAAAGGAUCCAGAGGCUCCACCCACUACCAGAACUGCAGAAAGUGAGGAUUGGAGCAGCAGCCAGCCUGCACCAGGUGAGAAGAAGGAGGGCUGGUCGUGGGAGUCCUACCUGGAGGAGCAGAAGGCCAUCACUGCCCCAGUCAGCCUCUUCCAGGACUCCCAGGCCGUCACUCAUAACAAGAAUGGCUUCAAAUUGGGCAUGAAGCUAGAAGGCAUCGACCCUCAGCACCCAUCCAUGUACUUCAUCCUCACAGUGGCCGAGGUAUGUGGCUACCGCCUGCGUCUGCACUUCGAUGGGUAUUCCGAGUGCCAUGACUUCUGGGUCAAUGCCAACUCCCCUGACAUUCACCCCGCUGGCUGGUUUGAGAAGACUGGACACAAGCUGCAGCCUCCCAAAGGUUACAAAGAGGAGGAGUUCAGCUGGAGCCAGUACCUGCGCAGCACCAGAGCCCAGGCGGCCCCCAAGCACCUGUUUGUGAGCCAGAGCCACAGUCCCCCACCCCUGGGCUUCCAGGUGGGCAUGAAGCUGGAGGCUGUUGAUCGCAUGAACCCAUCUCUCGUCUGCGUGGCCAGUGUGACUGACGUGGUGGACAGCCGCUUUCUGGUGCACUUUGACAACUGGGAUGAUACUUAUGACUACUGUGACGAGUUCUUGGAUUUCAGGUGUGAUCCCACCAGUCCCUACGUCCACCCAGUAGGCUGGUGCCAGAAGCAAGGGAAGCCCCUCACCCCUCCACAAGACUAUCCAGACCCUGACAGCUUCUGCUGGGAGAAAUAUCUAGAAGAAACUGGGACCUCUGCUGUGCCCUCCUGGGCCUUCAAAGUGCGACCUCCUCACAGCUUCCUGGUCAACAUGAAGCUGGAGGCUGUGGACCGCAGGAACCCAGCCCUGAUUCGUGUGGCCAGUGUGGAGGAUGUGGAGGACCAUCGCAUAAAGCUCCACUUUGAUGGCUGGAGUCACGGCUAUGACUUCUGGAUUGAUGCGGACCACCCAGACAUCCACCCCGCGGGCUGGUGCUCCAAGACAGGACAUCCCCUGGAGCCUCCUCUCCGGCCCAGAGAGCCCAGCUCCGCCUCCCCUGGGAGCUGCCCUCCUCUCAACUACAGGAGUCUGUCCCACACUAGGACCUCCAAAUACAGCUUUCACCACCGGAAGUGCCCCACUCCUGGCUGUGAUGGCUCUGGCCACGUAACCGGCAAGUUCACAGCUCACCAUUGCCUCUCGGGCUGCCCACUGGCUGAGAGGAACCAGAGUCGCCUGAAAGCGGAGCUGUCUGACACGGAGGCCUCAGCACGGAAAAAGAACGUCUCCAGUUUGUCCCCAAGAAAGAAGCCUCGCCAUCACGGCCGGAUUGGACGCCCUCCAAAGUAUCGGAAGAUGCCACAGGAAGAUUUCCAGACGCUCACCCCCGAUGUCGUGCACCAGUCCCUCUUCAUGUCGGCCCUGUCGGCCCACCCGGACCGCUCGCUCUCCAUGUGCUGGGAGCAGCACUGCAAGCUCCUGCCUGGAGUGGCGGGCAUCUCGGCCUCCACAGUCUCCAAGUGGACCAUCGAGGAGGUCUUUGGCUUCGUUCAGACUCUGACAGGUUGUGAGGACCAAGCACGCCUCUUCAAAGAUGAGAUGAUUGACGGCGAGGCCUUCCUUUUGCUGACACAGGCGGACAUUGUGAAGAUCAUGAGCGUCAAGCUGGGCCCAGCCUUGAAGAUCUAUAACGCCAUUCUCAUGUUCAAAAAUGCUGAUGACACCUUAAAGUGACUGACCUGGGGCUGGGUCCUCCUCCGGUCCUUGCUGGACCUCCGCUCAGCUGAUGCUUCCUUCCUGACUUGAGUUCCUCAUACCCCCUCCUGCGUCCCCUCCCCUUUAUCUGACCAGGGCUGGCCCUUUCUAGAAGGUACAUGGAGCAGAGGAGCCCUAGGGAAGGUGGAGUCCUGGCUCCCCGCGUUCUGGAGUUCAUUUGCCUCCAGAUGCACUGGUGUGGCUGCUACUGAGCUGGGGUCAUGGCUGAUGGAGUAGGUGCCCGGCCUGAGGCAGCCCCACAUCUCCAGCCAACUUGUGUUGUCACCUAAGGGUCUUUUCCUUAGCAGGGGAGACGCGCGUGGUGGGGCAGCAGUCCUCAGUCCGAGGCCCUUUUUCCUCUUUGGCGUCUCUGUGCUUUUCUCUCGUUGGCUCCUUUCUUCCUACCCAGAAGUGACCCUGCCACACACAUUUAUGCAUUAAGGUACCUCCUCCCUUUCUGCCUGCUGGUCUUUUGGCCCUUAUUCUGCUGCCUGAUUUCCUGGGCAGUGCCCCCAAGUGUAACCCAGCCAGACCCCAUGACCCUUGCCCCUUAGACGUGGAAACCUCAGAAACCUCAGAAACAUGUCCACAGGGGCCUCCCGGGAGCCUCAGGCUACCCUCCUCCCUUUGGCCCAGCAGUGGAGGAGACUUGGCCACCAUGCUUCUCCUGUAUGCCCUGUCGUCCUGCUCGGCAUUUCAGUGCCAGUUCUGGUUCCAGCAGAGAGCAGCAGGCGGAGCUGGGUUGACAGCUGGCAGAGGUCGAGUUUCACUGCUGCUUCCCACACCCCCUCUCCAUGUUGAGCCUGGGGAAGAGGAAGCCCCAUCUGAUAGGUGACCCAGGCCAGAAACCAAACCAAGGAUGUGUCAGACAAUCUUGGGUCGGGCCAGAGGGCAGCUCCAGCCCGAGCGGUGGUGGCACCAAAAGCUGAGAGAGCACCUUCUCUGCCACUGUGGCUCCCAGCCAAGGCAGUGCCUGCGGGCUGAGGGCCCCAACCUGCCAGGCCCCCUGCUGUGAGAAUGUAGCACCCCCAUGACUUCCCUUACAUGUUUACCACUCGCUCUUGAGGAGCCUUACAAAGACCACCUGCAGUCAGGAAUUUGGAAGGCAAACUCCUCUGGAUGCUCCAGGUCCCUUAAGUCGUUCUUAGCACUUUCCAUCUGUCUUGCACUGCCACUUGGGUCCUUGUGGGCUCUGGGACAUGGACCUCGUCAUUCAAGUGGCGACCCAGGCUCCUCUAAGCCACUGCCAAACCUGCCUCCCAGCCUGGGCCAGCUCCACAUGGAGGCGAAGAGCCCACAGCAAGCUCCCGUGCCCCCGGGGGCUGAGAUGGGCCUGCGGGUGGUGAAGCCAGGGGUUCCAGAGACCCCUUCGCAAUCAUCUGGUGUGUGUGUGUGUGUGUGUGUGUGUGUGUCACUCUCAGACGUGUUUGAUGGGUGUAGGUGUGAGGUUCAGUGUUGGGAAUAUAUCAAGGGCUAUUAUUAAAAUAUAAAGCUUUAUUUUUUUCUUAGAAGUGGGAACCCAAAGUUCUAUUGAUUUCCGCCACAGCCCUAGAGGGCCACUCUCCCAUGCAGGCCAGACACACUCCAGCUGACCUCUGUGGAGCUUCAAGUGUCCCUUCCCUUUCAGCCCUCAGAGGCAGCCCUGAGCACAGCUUUCGUGGGAGGACACUGGGCAGGCCCUGCCACAGGUUGGGUGGCAUUGCUGCCCCCUUGGCUGAGAUGAAGAGAGGCAAGUAAGUCUGCACCUCUCUUUCCUCUGAGCUGUUCAGGUGGCAGCAGAACUGGUCAGCUGGUCCUCAGUCUGCUCCCAACUAUAGGACGGAGAGGCAUCCAGUGCUCACGGCUGGUGCUGUGGGGCCUCGCCACUGAGGACAGGGACUGGAAACCUUUGCCACACAGGCCUGCCAGCCACCUCAUGUCUGCCUGUGGGCAAGAUGGUGGAGGAAAGGGCCCCAGGCCUCCCAACUUCAAGGCUUCAGCACCUGUGCGUCAAUGUCAAACUCUUUGGAAAGAAGCCAAAUCAUAAGGAAGUAGAAAGAAUUCUGCCUUCUGUCUACCCCACUACCCCUCACCCCACCGUGUUCCCGAAUGAGGUCACUGUACCUUGACCUGGAAGUGUGGGAGGGUAGGAAGCGGGCAGUGGCUCCAAGUGCCCUGUGCCCUGCUCUCUAGCAACAGGCCCCACCUACACUUUGGCCCUGGCAGGCUCGCCUAGUACCUGCCCUGCCCUAGCCAGAGACAGGGAUGACCUUUCUGUUUAAUUUCUGAGGCAGAGAGACCGGUCCCAGAGUUUGACAUUGAAGUCUGUUUGCACUUUCAUUCACAUGCACUUUGGUGGGGUUACAUUUUUGCACUUGCCUAUUGUGUGUGUGUGUGGACGCGUGCGUGCAUGUGGGUUGAAAGAAUCCUCUGGUUUAAGCUAAAGUGACCCUUGAAGGAGACAAAUUUAGAAACAAAAUAUAGUGUUAUAUGUCAGUGUAUUGAAACAAAUAAAUUUCAACAACUGGA